AUCCACAAAAAACACCACCCAAAAAAAGCAAAGCUCUAAAGUAGUACUAAGUCAACAUGGAAGCAAAACAAAAGCUUGUCAUUUUUGCAACAUUGCUCAUGGUCUCAGCCAUUGGAAUUGAAAUGGCCCCUGCAAACAAUUCCUUUUGUGGCUUAACCAUUAAUGACUUAAUGACAUGCAAGCCAGCAGUAUCUGGGGCAAAACCAUUGCCACCAUCUGAUAAAUGUUGUGCUGCUUUAAGCAAAGCAGACUUGCCUUGUCUUUGCACUUACAAAAACAGUCCAAUGUUGUCUGCUUUCAAGAUUAAUCCCACUCUUGCUAUGGAUCUUCCAUCUAAAUGCGAACUUGAUUCUCCUAAUUGCUCCCCUUAAUUAAUUAGAGACGGAACUAGGAUUUGAAGUUUCGUACUGAGACGUACCCCUCUCUCUUUUAUUUGCUAGUGAUGAGUAGUGAGUGGUGAAUUAAUGUUGGUUUAAUUCGUUGUUGUUGUGAUUUAAGUGUGAUGUUUCUAGUCAUAUGUUUCGUUUUAUUGUUUUUACUUUUUUCUUCUUGGAGAGGGGUUUCGAUUUCAUUUUAUGUUGAUCAACUUUGUGUAGUUGAUCUUGAUAGUUAUUUUAAUGAAGUUCGUCGUUUUGUUUGUUGA